UUUGCGUGUACGCGCAUUCGUCGCUUUACGCUGGAGGCGCGGACCAAUCUGACUCUCCGUCUCCACCUCUCGCAGCUUUUCAUGUAAAGAGAAAGUAAAAAAAAAAUUCUAGUCCAAAUGAAGCGUGAGUGAGUGAGUGAGUGCAGGAGAGAAGCCGAAACGCCUGAAUGACCCUGAACCCGGCUCCGAGUCCCAGGCAUCACAGCUGCACGGGAACCGUCAGCCUGCUGCUGCUCGACAACUCAACAAAAAGUACCACACUUCAGGAAGAGAUGAAGCUUCUUCAGCCUCUGCUUCCCUCCGGCACUUUGUGCUAAUGUGGAUGAAUCCUGAUUCACGAUCUCAAGCUUUCGUUUAAACAACAUGGAGUCGCACAGCGCACUGAGCGGCAAAUGACCAGCCAGGACGGUGUCAGCGAUGGAGGCCCUGCUGCCAAAAAGUGGAGGAUAUGGUGCAACCGAUGGUCAAGAGAAGGAUUCUCCUGUAUAGGAUGGUCCGAGCAAAACCGGAUAAACCAGGUGAACAGAGCCAAAAAGAUAAGUGUGCAGCGGAGACACAGAGUCAACUCCCCGAGGAACCUGUCGGCCCCGAACAGAACCCAGAGCUCGUGGGACCAGGCCGCCAAGAGCUGAAGGAGAGGCAGCUUGAGUCACUGCACUGGAACAACGGAGAGGAAGACCCUGAACCCUGGCUCCAGCUGGUCAGCGGAGGCGAGGCCGACUGCGUGCCCACACACCUGCGUCCGUUCUGCAGCCAUGCAGAGUACGUACUGGUGAAAGGCACGUACCAGCAGCUCAGACACAGUGGUUACUACUGGGGGGCGAUGACCAUGGAGGAGGCGCACUCAAUACUGACACACUCAUCACUGGGCACCUUCCUUAUCAGGGACAGCGGCCAGCCGGACGUCUUCUUCACCCUGAGCUACCAGAGCGAGGACGGCCCGACGAGCGUCCGCGUCCAGCUGAACGACCUCCUCUUCAGUCUGCAGGGCAGCCAGAAGAAGUACCCGUCCCUGUUCGCCCUGCUCACCUACUACACCAGCUCCUCCUGCAAGCUGACGGUGCCCUACCGGCGGCAGCGUCCGGAGAGCCUGAGGCAGUCGUGCAGGAGGGCGUUCGUUCGUACGUACGGAGCCGAGAACGUAGGCAGCUUACCCGGACUGAGCCGGCAAGUUAGAAACUAUAUCCACGCCUACCCGCACUGUACAUAGACACUGCAUCGAGGUUGUUGUGUGUGUUUUGUAUGUUAAAAAAAUAAACAUUGUGUAUUUGUGUUUAGGCACGGCAAUGGGGGCGCAGUGGUUUACAACAGUUUGGCUGAUUGUGUUUUCUCUGUGUGCCAACAUGCGAGUUAAGUUCAUUGGUGGUCCUCAAAUAUAGGUGACAUGGAUCUAGUGGCAGGAAAUAUAAUAUAAAAUAAUCCAGUUUGAUGUUUUCACGAGUGCGUUUCAUAUAAAUUGCACAAAUUGUUGAUAUCUAUACUCUAGAAUGGGCUCUUUAUAUUUAACGGUGGCCGCCAUGCUUUUAUUUACAGUUGCCCGGACUGAGUUUUUAUGGUCAACUGAAGGCUACCUGGAAGGGGGGGGGGGGGGGGGGGUGAUGGGUAUUCCAAUGCAACAUGCAACUUCACCACUAGAUGUCCCUAAAUACUACACACUGAACCUUUAACUGACUUGUAUCUAUAUUCAUGCCGUCGACAUUUUAAGGGGGGAAUUGGCCUCAGCCCCCACGACCCUCAAAGAUGUACAUGAUGUAUAUAUUUGUGUUAUUUAACCUUUUUUUGUUAUUAUAAAUAUCAGAAAGGCUGUUUGUUGCAUCUGCAACUUGUUCAAGGGUUCUUUGCACACCUUAUCAAAAUGACACAAGAGUUUAAAGAUCAUUCUGUCAGAAAUAACUUUUCCGUCGUGUACGUAUGUGGGAAACAAUUGCAGCGAAUGCCUCCGUGACACAUUCAGAGCAAUGUAAAAAGUCAAAAUACAUAUCAAAAAGUGUUUCUUUCUGAGAUGGUUAUUUGUUAGGAAGUAUUUGAUGUUAUAAUAACAGGGUAAAAUAACAGAGACUAGCUCCCGAUUGGUCGAGCUUGUGUGUCUUGAUGCCGGGACUCCGAGCCACGAUCACGAUCUGCCUGCAAAGGACAUAAAAAGAAAAAGAUGCCAAAUCACUUUUGUUCAACUGAAGGAGAAACCACUUGGCCCGAAUAUCUGUUAUUGUGAUUAUGAUGAGUAAAACUUGACUUGAAUUCCUAACUUGUAUAAAUCAACUCAUUUGCUUAUACUGUUUUGAAAUAUAUCAUCGGUACAUCA